GGGAGGAGGGAGGGUCGCGGCCGGCAGCCAUGGGGCCGGGGGCCCGGGGCGGCCGCCGCCGCCGGCGCCGCCGCCGCCCGACGUCCCCGCCACCGCCACCGCCGCCCGUGCGGGCGCUGCCCCUGCUGCUGCUGCUGCUAGCGGGGCCGGGGGCUGCAGCCCCCCCUUGCCUGGACGGAAGCCCUUGUGCAAAUGGAGGUCGGUGCACCCAGCUGCCCUCCCGGGAGGCUGCCUGCCUGUGCCCACCAGGCUGGGUGGGUGAGCGGUGCCAGCUGGAAGACCCCUGCCACUCGGGCCCCUGUGCUGGGCGUGGGGUCUGCCAGAGCUCCGUGGUGGCUGGCGUUGCCAGAUUCUCCUGCCGGUGCCCCCGUGGGUUCCGAGGCCCGGACUGCUCCCUGCCGGACCCCUGCCUCAGCAGCCCCUGUGCCCAUGGUGCCCGCUGCUCCGUGGGGUCCGACGGGCGCUUUGUGUGCUCCUGCCCGCCGGGCUACCAGGGUCGCAGCUGCCGAAGCGACGUGGAUGAGUGUCGGGUGGGCGGGCCAUGCCGCCACGGGGGCACCUGCCUCAACACACCGGGUUCCUUCCGCUGCCAGUGCCCUGGUGGCUACACGGGGCUGCUGUGUGAGAUCCCCGCAGUGCCCUGUGCCCCGUCGCCGUGCCGCAAUGGAGGCACCUGUCGGCAGAGUGGCGAUCUUACUUAUGACUGCGCCUGUCUCCCUGGGUUCGAGGGCCAGAACUGUGAAGUGAAUGUGGAUGACUGCCCGGGACACCGGUGUCUCAACGGGGGAACAUGCGUGGAUGGUGUUAACACCUACAAUUGUCAAUGCCCUCCUGAGUGGACAGGGCAAUUUUGCACAGAGGACGUGGACGAGUGCCAGCUGCAGCCCAAUGCUUGCCACAAUGGGGGCACCUGUUUCAACACCUUGGGGGGCCACAGCUGUGUGUGUGUCAACGGCUGGACGGGCGAGAGCUGCAGUCAGAACAUUGAUGACUGCGCCACGGCCGUGUGCUUUCACGGGGCCACCUGUCACGACCGUGUGGCCUCCUUCUACUGUGCCUGCCCCAUGGGCAAGACUGGCCUUCUGUGUCACCUGGAUGACGCCUGCGUCAGCAACCCUUGUCACGAGGACGCCAUCUGUGACACCAACCCCGUGAACGGCCGGGCCAUCUGCACCUGUCCCCCCGGUUUCACGGGAGGGGCCUGUGACCAGGACGUGGACGAGUGCUCCAUCGGCGCCAACCCGUGCGAGCACCUGGGCCGCUGCGUGAACACGCAGGGCUCGUUCCUGUGCCAGUGUGGCCGCGGUUACACGGGACCACGCUGCGAGACCGAUGUCAACGAGUGUCUCUCGGGACCCUGCCGUAACCAGGCCACGUGCCUCGACCGCAUCGGCCAGUUCACCUGCAUCUGCAUGGCAGGUUUCACAGGUACCUUCUGCGAGGUGGACAUUGAUGAGUGUCAGAGUAGUCCGUGUGUCAACGGCGGCGUCUGCAGAGACCGAGUCAACGGUUUCAGCUGCACCUGCCCCUCAGGCUUCAGCGGGGCCACGUGUCAGCUGGAUGUGGACGAAUGCGCCAGCACGCCGUGCCGCAAUGGCGCCAAGUGCGUGGAUCAGCCCGAUGGCUACGAGUGCCACUGCGCGGAGGGCUUCGAGGGCACGCUGUGUGAACGCAACGUGGACGACUGCUCUCCAGACCCGUGCCACCACGGGCGCUGCGUUGAUGGCAUCGCCAGCUUCUCCUGCGCCUGCGCCCCGGGCUACACGGGCACGCGCUGCGAGAGCCAGGUGGACGAGUGCCGCAGCCAGCCCUGCCGCCACGGGGGCAAGUGCCUGGACCUGGUGGACAAAUACCUCUGCCGCUGUCCCCCUGGCACCACAGGUCUGAACUGUGAGGUGAACAUAGAUGAUUGUGCCAGCAACCCCUGCACCUUUGGUGUCUGCCGAGAUGGCAUCAACCGCUAUGACUGUGUCUGCCAGCCUGGCUUCACAGGGCCCCUUUGCAACGUGGAGAUCAACGAAUGUGCGUCCAACCCCUGUGGCGAGGGAGGCUCUUGCGUGGAUGGAGAAAAUGGCUUUCGAUGCCUCUGCCCACCUGGCUCCUUGCCCCCUCUCUGCCUCCCCCCGACCCACCCCUGUGCCCAUGAGCCCUGCAGUCACGGAAUCUGCCAUGAUGCGCCUGGCGGGUUCCGCUGUGUGUGUGAGCCUGGCUGGAGUGGUCCCCGGUGCAGCCAGAGCCUGAAUCGGGACGCCUGCGAAUCCCAGCCCUGCCGGGCCGGCGGCACCUGCACCAGUGAUGGAUCGGGCUUCCGCUGCACCUGUCCGCCUGGUGUCCAGGGCCGUCAAUGUGAGCUGCUGUCCCCCUGCACCCCGAACCCCUGUGAGCACGGUGGCCACUGUGAGUCUGGCCCAGGACAGAUGCCUGUCUGUUCUUGCUCCGCUGGCUGGCAAGGCCCACGAUGCCAACAGGAUGUGGACGAGUGUGCUGGUGGUCCCUCACCCUGUGGCCCCCACGGUACCUGCACCAACCUGAUGGGGAGUUUCAGUUGUACCUGCCAUGGGGGGUACACUGGCCCUUCCUGUGACCAGGACAUCAAUGACUGUGACCCCAACCCCUGUCUGAAUGGCGGCUCCUGUCAGGAUGGCACGGGCUCUUUCUCCUGCUCCUGCCUGCCUGGGUUCACCGGUCCACACUGUGCCCGGGACGUGGACGAGUGUCUGAGCAGCCCUUGUGGCCCAGGCACCUGCACUGACCACGUGGCUUCCUUCACUUGCACCUGCCCACCGGGCUAUGGAGGCUUGCAUUGCGAGAAGGAUCUGCCUGACUGCAGCCCCAGCUCCUGUUUCAACGGUGGCACCUGCGUGGAUGGCGUGAACUCUUUCAGCUGUCUGUGCCGCCCGGGCUACACUGGUGCCCACUGCCAACAUGAGGCCGACCCCUGCCUCUCGCGGCCCUGCCUGCACGGGGGUGUGUGCAGCGCCGCCCACCCCAGCUUCCGCUGCACCUGUCCAGAGGGCUUCACGGGUAGCCAGUGCCAGACUCCAGUGGAUUGGUGCAGCCAUGGGCUGUGUCAGAAUGAGGGUCGCUGUGUCCAGACUGGAGCUUAUUGCCUUUGUCCGCCUGGGUGGAGUGGCCGCUUCUGUGAUGUGCGAAGUCUACCUUGCAAAGAGGCUGCAGCCCAGAUGGGGGUGCCCUUGGAUCAGCUGUGCCAGGGGGGCGGGCAGUGUGUGAGCGAGGACAACUCACACUUCUGCCUGUGCCCCGAGGGCCGCACAGGCAGUCACUGUGAGCAGGAGGUGGACCCCUGCGGGGCCCAGCCGUGUCAGCACGGGGCCACCUGCCGCGGCUACAUGGGCGGCUAUGUGUGUGAGUGUCCAGCUGGCUACACUGGUGACAAAUGCCAGGACGAUGUGGACGAGUGUGCCUCCCAGCCUUGCCAGCACGGCGGCUCGUGCAUAGACCUGGUGGCCCGUUAUCUCUGCUCCUGCCCGCCUGGCACUCUGGGCGUGCUCUGUGAGAUUGAUGAGGACGACUGUGGCCCGGGCCCUCCCUCUGACGCCGCCGGGCCCCGGUGCCUGCACAAUGGAACCUGUGUGGAUCUGGUGGGCGGCUUCCGCUGUAGCUGUCCCCCAGGCUACACCGGUCUGCACUGCGAAGCCGACAUCAACGAGUGCCGGCCCGGUGCUUGCCACGCGGCACACACCCGGGACUGCCUGCAGGACCCAGGGGGCCACUUCCACUGUCUUUGUCACCCCGGCUUCACAGGUCCCCGCUGUCAGACUGUGCUGUCUCCCUGCGAGUCCCAGCCGUGUCAGCACGGAGGACAGUGCCGGCCGGGCCCCGGCCCUGGGGGAGGUCUCAGUUUCACCUGCCACUGCCUGCAGCCUUUCUGGGGCCCUCGCUGUGAGUGGAUGGCUAGUUCUUGCCGGGAGCUGCAGUGUCCGGCGGGUGUCCCCUGCCAGCAGACGGCCCGCGGCCCGCGCUGCGCCUGCCCCCCAGGACUCCCGGGAUCCUCCUGCCGCGGCGCCCGGGGGCCGCCCCCAGGGGCCGCCAACGCCAGCUGCGCUGCUGCCCCUUGCCUCCAUGGCGGCACCUGCCGGCCCGCGCCGCUGGCGCCCUUCUUCCGCUGCGCGUGCGCCCCUGGCUGGGACGGGCCGCGCUGCGAGGCGCCCGCGGCGGCGCCCGAGGCGGCGGCGGAGGAGCCACGGUGCCCGCGCGCCGCCUGCCAGGCCAAACGCGGGGACCAGCGCUGCGACCGGGAGUGCAACAGCCCGGGCUGCGGCUGGGACGGCGGCGACUGCUCGCUCAGCGUGGGCGACCCCUGGCGGCAGUGCGAGGCGCUGCAGUGCUGGCGCCUCUUCAACAACAGCCGCUGCGACCCGGCCUGCAGCUCGCCCGCCUGCCUCUACGACAACUUCGACUGCCACGCGGGCGGCCGCGAGCGCACCUGCAACCCCGUGUACGAGAAAUACUGCGCCGACCACUUCGCCGACGGCCGCUGUGACCAGGGCUGCAACACCGAGGAGUGCGGCUGGGACGGGCUGGACUGCGCGCGCGAGGUGCCGGCGCUGCUGGCCCGCGGCGUGCUGGUGCUCACCGUGCUGCUGCCCCCCGAGGAGCUGCUGCGCUCCGGCGCCGACUUCCUGCAGCGGCUCAGCGCCAUCCUGCGCACCUCGCUGCGUUUCCGCCUGGACGCGCGCGGCCAGGCCAUGAUCUUCCCUUACCACCGGCCCGGCAGCGUGGCCUCCGAGGCCCGGGCCCGGCGCGAGCUGGCGCCGGAGGUGAUCGGCUCUGUAGUGAUGCUGGAGAUUGACAACCGGCUGUGCCUGCAGUCGCCCGAGAAUGACCACUGCUUCCCCGAUGCACAGAGUGCCGCCGACUACCUGGGAGCGCUGUCUGCGGUGGAGCGCUUGGACUUCCCGUACCCGCUACGGGAUGUACGGGGGGAGCCGCUGGAGCCCCCGGAGCCGAGCUUGCCGCUGCUGCCGCUGCUGGCGGCGGGCGCCGUCUUCCUGCUGCUCAUCCUCGUCCUGGGCGUCAUGGUGGCGCGGCGCAAACGCGAGCACAGCACCCUCUGGUUCCCCGAGGGCUUCGCUCUGCACAAGGACGUGGCCGGUGGCCACAAGGGCCGGCGGGAGCCCGUGGGCCAGGACGCGCUGGGCAUGAAGAACAUGGCCAAGGGUGAGAGUCUGAUGGGGGAGGUGGCCACAGACUGGAUGGACACAGAGUGCCCGGAGGCCAAGCGACUGAAGGUGGAGGAGCCGGGCAUGGGGGCCGAGGAAGCUGUGGAUUGCCGCCAGUGGACCCAACACCACCUGGUGGCCGCUGACAUCCGCGUGGCCCCAGCCAUGGCGCUCACACCCCCCCAGGGCGACGCGGAUACUGACGGCAUGGAUGUCAACGUGCGUGGCCCAGAUGGCUUCACCCCGCUCAUGCUGGCUUCGUUCUGUGGAGGGGCCCUGGAGCCCAUGCCCACCGAGGAGGACGAGGCUGAAGACACGUCAGCCAGCAUCAUCUCAGACCUCAUUUGCCAGGGGGCGCAGCUUGGGGCCCGGACUGACCGCACAGGCGAAACUGCCCUGCACCUGGCUGCCCGCUACGCCCGGGCUGACGCGGCCAAGCGGCUGCUGGAUGCCGGAGCCGACACCAAUGCCCAGGACCACUCUGGUCGCACGCCCCUGCACACAGCUGUCACCGCCGAUGCCCAGGGCGUGUUCCAGAUUCUCAUCCGGAACCGCUCCACAGACCUGGAUGCCCGCAUGGCGGACGGCUCCACGGCGCUGAUCCUGGCGGCCCGCCUGGCGGUGGAAGGCAUGGUCGAGGAGCUCAUUGCCAGCCACGCUGACGUCAACGCCGUGGACGAACUCGGGAAAUCGGCUUUACACUGGGCUGCCGCUGUGAACAACGUAGAAGCGACCCUGGCCCUUCUCAAAAAUGGAGCCAACAAGGACAUGCAGGAUAGCAAGGAGGAGACCCCGCUGUUCCUGGCCGCUCGCGAGGGCAGCUAUGAGGCCGCCAAACUGCUCCUGGACCACUUCGCCAACCGCGAGAUCACAGACCACCUGGAUCGGCUACCGCGGGACGUGGCCCAGGAGAGGUUGCACCAGGACAUUGUGCGCUUGCUGGACCAGCCCAGCGGGCCCCGCAGUCCCCCGGGCCCCCAUGGUCUGGGGCCCCUGCUCUGCCCACCCGGGGCCUUCCUCCCGGGCCUCAAGGCCACACAGUCGGGGGCCAAGAAGAGCCGGAGGCCUCCGGGAAAGGCAGGGCUGGGGGCGCAAGGUGCCCGGGGGCGGGGCAAGAAGCUCACCCUGGCCUGCCCAGGGCCCCUGGCUGAGAGCUCGGUCACGCUGUCCCCUGUGGACUCACUGGACUCCCCGCGGCCCUUCGGGGGGCCCCCUGCGUCCCCAGGGGCCUUUCCCCUCGAGGGGCCCUAUGCGGCAGCUGCGGCUACCGCGGUGUCCCUGGCACAGCUUGGGGGCGCAGGCCGGGCAGGUCCUCUGGGGCGCCAGCCCCCCGGGGGCUGUGUGCUCAGCCUCGGCCUGCUGAACCCUGUGGCUGUGCCCCUCGACUGGGCCCGGCUGCCCCCACCGGCCCCGCCGGGUCCCUCGUUUCUGCUCCCCCUGGCACCGGGACCCCAGCUGCUCAACCCUGGGACCCCAGUCUCCCCCCAGGAGCGGCCCCCGCCCUACCUGGCGGCCCCAGGGCAUGGUGAGGAGUACCCAGCUCCUGGGGCCCAUGGCAGCCCCCCCAAGGCCCGCUUCCUGCGGGUCCCCAGCGAGCACCCUUACCUGACCCCAUCCCCCGAGUCCCCCGAACAGUGGGCCAGCCCCUCACCCCCUUCUCUCUCGGACUGGUCCGAAUCCACACCCAGCCCGGCCACCGCUGCUGGGGCCACGGCCACGGCCACGGCUGCCGGGGCGCUGCCUGCCCAGCCGCACCCUUUGUCUGUCCCUGGCUCCCUUGCUCAGGCCCAGACCCAGCUGGGGCCCCAGCCGGAGGUCACUCCCAAGAGGCAGGUGUUGGCCUGAGAUGCUCCUGCGUGCUUGGAAUCUUGGGGGGGCCGGAGAGACACCCCAUCCCGACUCCUCUCCCCUCCCCUUUUCUCUCUCUGCACCUACCCUCCCCUGCCUUGCUGUGUGACCACCAUGGGUCACCAGCCCAGGGCUCCAGUCUUCCUUAUUUAUAAAGGGUGGGAUGACCUCCUACCCUCUCAGUCUUGGGAUAAGUCUGGGACCGCCUCCCUCCUUCCUCCUCCCCCCUCCCUACGCCUCCCUUCCCCUCCCCCACUCUUCCUCACCCUAUGUUGUUUCCUCAUACUCGGGCACGAGUGAAUUAUUAUUAUUUUUCUUUCUUUAUUUCUUUUUUUUUUACAUUUUGUAUAGAAACAAAAUUCAUUUAAACAAACUUAUUAUUAUUAUUAUUUUUUACAAAAUAUAUAUAUGGAGAUAGUCCCUCCCUUCUCUCUCCGCCCCGGGGGGCAAAUCCCUGCACCCCCCAAGUGCCCCCAUGGGGCUGAGUUUGUGGGCCCAUUCGGCCAAGCUGGAUUCGGUGUACUGAGUACACAGGCAGGACUGGGGUCCCGUGUACUGAGUACACGACGCCCUAGUGUGUACCAAGUAGGCACUCUUGGGCGCACCCUCUGGGGGCCAGGGGCCAGGGGAGACUUGGGAGCCCACCCCUCCCUACCCCACCUCCCUCACUUCACUGCAUUCCAGAUGAGAUUUUUUCUGUAACCUUGAAGGAAGGGUUCUUCUGGCCCCAGAGCCCGCCUCCUGGCCUCCACCCCCACCUCCCAAAGCCUGGGCCCUCUCCUCCCUUUGGGAACCCCGGGGUGGCAGUUAGGGGACAGCUGGGGGGGAAGGUGUGUGCAUUUCAUUUUGCCUCCUUAUAAAUAUGGGACUGCAGGAAGGGGAGGAGCUGCCUGACGUCACUUCCUCCUUCUGGGAUGUGGUCCAGCUUCAAGACAGCAUUGAUGUAUGCUUAGACUAUUUUUAUAAUAUGGCUUCUGGUCACAAUCCCUGCAUAGCUGAAUUCCCAGACCCUGCAUUGUACAGUCCCGCUUCCCUCAACACCUAAUAAAGGAAUAGUUAACACUCA